GGGAGGGGGGGGCAGCAGCCUCUCCAGCCCGGACUGAGAAGCCUGAGCGAGCGCGGAGAGAGAAGGGGGACAGAGCACCGACAGCCCGCCCGCCUGCUUGCCCGCCCCCUCCCCCUUACCCUCCCUCCCCCUUCCCCAGAUUCCCCCCCUCCCCUCUCUCGCUCGCUCCCUUCCCUUCCCCACGACCGGCCGCCUUGCCCGCCCGCAGCGGAGGAGGACGCGGACGAGGAGGUGGAGAACAGCGGCAGCGGCCGGGGCAGGCAGCGGCGGGAGAGGCUUCAGCCAUGGCCUCGGGCGACACCCUGUACAUCGCCACGGACGGCUCGGAGAUGCCGGCCGAAAUCGUGGAGCUGCACGAGAUCGAGGUGGAGACCAUUCCCGUGGAGACCAUCGAGACCACCGUGGUGGGCGAGGAGGAAGACGAUGAGGAGGAUGACGAGGACGGCGCGGGAGGCGGCGGCGGGGGGGGCGGCGGCCACAGCGGCCACCACCAUCACCACCACCACCACCACCACCACCACCACCCGCCCAUGAUCGCCCUGCAGCCGCUUGUUACUGAUGACCCCAGCCAGGUCCACCACCACCAGGAGGUGAUCCUGGUGCAGACCCGCGAGGAGGUGGUGGGCGGCGACGACUCGGACGGCCUGCGGGCCGAGGACGGCUUCGAGGACCAGAUCCUCAUUCCCGUGCCCGCGCCGGCCGGCGGCGAGGAGGACUACAUCGAGCAGACGCUGGUUACGGCCGCCGCGGCCGGCAAGAGCGGCGGCGGCUCGUCGUCGUCGGGCGGCGGCCGGAUGAAGAAGGGCGGUGGCGGGGGCAAGAAGAGCGGCAAGAAGAGUUACCUGAGCGGCAGCGGCGGAGGGGCAGGCGGUGGUGGCGGAGGCGGCGGGGCCGAGCCGAGCGGCAGGAAGUGGGAGCAGAAGCAGGUGCAGAUCAAGACCCUGGAGGGGGAGUUCUCCGUCACCAUGUGGGCCUCAGGCCAUACCCCAUGCCUGGAACAGACUCCCUCCACAUCUCCGUCUGCUGAAAUCCUUCUCUUCCUUCAAGACUCAGAUGAUAAAAAAGAUAUUGACCAUGAGACAGUGGUGGAAGAACAGAUCAUUGGAGAGAAUUCACCUCCUGAUUAUUCUGAGUACAUGACAGGCAAGAAACUUCCUCCUGGAGGAAUACCUGGCAUUGACCUCUCAGAUCCUAAGCAACUGGCUGAAUUUGCUAGAAUGAAGCCAAGAAAAAUUAAAGAAGAUGAUGCUCCACGAACAAUAGCUUGCCCUCAUAAAGGAUGCACAAAGAUGUUCAGGGAUAACUCUGCCAUGAGAAAACAUCUGCACACCCAUGGCCCUAGAGUCCACGUAUGUGCAGAAUGUGGAAAGGCUUUUGUUGAGAGUUCAAAACUAAAACGGCAUCAACUGGUUCAUACUGGAGAGAAGCCCUUUCAGUGCACGUUCGAAGGCUGUGGGAAGCGCUUUUCACUGGACUUCAAUUUACGCACACAUGUGCGAAUUCAUACUGGAGACAGGCCCUAUGUGUGCCCCUUCGACGGCUGUAAUAAGAAGUUUGCUCAGUCAACUAACCUGAAAUCUCACAUCUUAACACAUGCUAAGGCCAAAAACAACCAGUGAAAAGAAGAGGGAAGAAUGUUCUCGAACUUGAGAAGCCUCUUACAGGAGUAUGAUUGGAAAUAAAUAUGCCUCUCCUUUGUAUAUUGUUUCUAGGAAAGAAUUUUUAAAAAAAAAAAUUGAAUCCUACACACCUAAAGGACAUGUUUUGAUAAAGUAGUAAAAAUAAAAACCAAAAAAAAAAAAAAAACAACAAAAAAAAAAACAAAAGAAAAGAAAAAAAAACAACAAAAAAAAAACCUUUUAAGAUGACAUUGCUAAGAUGCUCUAUCUUGCUCUGUAGCCCAGUUUCAAGAACACGGUGUUUUGUAAAGUGCAGCCCCAAUAGGAGGCUAAUUCAUGAACUUGCAUCAAAGACAAUUCUUUAUACGACAGUGCUAAAAAUUGGACUUCUUUUCACAUUCUUAUAAAUAUGAAGCUCACCUGUUGCUUACAAUUUUUUUAAUUUUGUAUUUUCCAAGUGUGCAUAUUGUACACUUCUUGGGGAUAUGCUUAGUAAUGCUAUGUGUGAUUUUUUCCGGAGGUUGAUAACUUUGCUUGCAGUAGAUUUUCUUUAAAAGAAUGGGCAGUUACAUGCAUACUUCAAAAGUAUUUUCCUGUAAAAAAAAAAAAGUUAUAUAGGUUUUGUUUGCUAUCUUAAUUUUGGUUGUAUUCUUUGAUGUUAACACAUUUUGUAUAAUUGUAUCGUAUAGCUGUAUUGAAAUCAUGUAGUAUCAAAUAUUAGAUGUGAUUUAAUAGUGUUAAUCAAUUUAAACCCAUUUUAGUCACUUUUUUUGGAAAAAUACUGCCAGAUGCCGAUGUUCCGUGUAAUUUCUCUUUGCCUGUUCAGUUACAGAAAGUGGUGCUCAGUUGUAGAAUGUAUUGUACAGGCAUUGACUUUUUAUUAACACCCAGUAUGUACAUCCCGUGUAAUAGAAAGGGCAACAAUAAAAUAGUGGUCCUAAAGAAAGAAAAUGGCAGAAAAUGAUCUGUAAGCACAGUCUUUAUUUUAUUUUUUAUUUUUUGGUUGUCCAAAAUAAUAAUUCUUAAGCCUCCCAGAAAUUAGAAGCUAAAUAAAGCUACUCAAGUUUUCUUUACUUUUGCAUUCAAUUACAGUGAUUUGUGACGAAAGUGGUAACUGAAAAUUACAGACCAUUGUAUAUUUAAGAUCUGCCUAAAGUCAGAAUAGGUAAUGGACAUCCUGGGUUAGGAAUGCUUGAGAGCUCCUCAAUUCAGGGUGGUUGAAUUUUUGCUGGUGAUGCAUUUGUUCUUUCAGCACCUACCCCUGCCAUGGCAAAGCCACUCAAUGAAGCUGUGUUGACAGUGACCAUCUUUAUGUACUUUGUUGAGCCUAAAAGGUUUCUCCUUUGUUGACUACAUUUCAUUCUGUAUAGAAGAAAAAUUACAGGUCAAAUCUGUAAAAGACAGCAUUUGAAUGUUGAGUAGGAUCUUCAUUAAUUUCUAUUGGAUGACAUUUGUGAGUGCCACAUGAUGUGUCAGGAUCAAGGAAUGCACUUUUUCAUUACUGAGGGAAGGGUAACUACUGAAUCAUUCGACUGAUUUUUUUUUUUCUUCAAAAUCUGGAGGCUUUUAUCAUCUGGAAAAAUAGUAAUGGUUUGAUUAGUUAAAACAGGUCACGGAAAAAUUCCAUUUUUAUCCACUUUCUGGUGACUACUACAGGCCACAAUUCAAGGACUUGAGCGGUGCAUCUCCUGUGCAUUUUUCCUUUUAAGCCAUUUCUGGAAUUUUCCUUGGUUUGUCAUUAGCUCAUAGAUUGUAGCUGCAGAAAUACUAUAUUUGAAACAUCUGCAUCAAGCAUUCAGAUGACUUUGCAUCAAGAGAAGCAUUUAGCUAUGACUCAGUUUUAAGCAUCAAGCAUGUAAACCUGGCCCUAUAAAGUACAAUAAAGAAUGUUAAGAUUUUUAA